CGGUGCCGUAGUGUACCUGGAUCAGGACUGAUUUAUUGAUAUAAGGUCACUGGUUGUAACUCACAUAAGCCUGAUGCUUACCGAGUACUUGAAGUCGGACGGGGAAAGUUACCCAUGGCUGAAAUGAGGAUGCCGCUGGUAUUUUGGGACAAAUCGAAGGAAAUAUCAUUUAGUGUCUUUUUAGAAAUGUGUAUCGGUUUAAUCGACUUGAAGGCCUGACAAAAGGAGUUAUAUAUACUAUUCAAGACUGACAGAUGUGGCAGUAUACCAUUCACUGUUGUCGCAAAACGAGGAGGUCACACUUCGGAUGGGGUCAGCUCAUGACGUUCCGUGUUGUUGGACUUAACGGGUUCUCGGAAGGGGUGGCUCAAGGAAGGGAAACCUUCCCAUAGGCUCUACUGGUCGUUCUAGCUAUUUCACUUCUUUAUGAUAUAUCAUUAAAUUGUUAUUCACAUUGACAUAGAAGAAAACAAGGAAGUUUUCUUCACGAGUUCUCGGAAGGGGUUGUCAUAUCAAAGAGACAAGGAAGGGUUAAUUGCACUCUAUGCAAACCUUCUCAAAUCCUAUUUGGGCGUUCUCGCUAUUUCAUUAUUUUAUGAUAUCUUUGAAUAGUUGAUAGACAUUGACAAACAAGUAGAAAAACAAGGAAGUUUUCUUAACCGCACCCCCUGCUACGCAUGGCCAUUCAUGGUUACGUAGUCUUGGAUGAAGACGGCAUGACAUUUCUUCAAUAUUGCUCUUCGCACACACAUGAUGGAUACAUUUGUUAAUGUUAAGUGGGGUCUGGUGUGCCUUGUUGUGGCACUGGCAAGUACCACUGUCGACGGUGUCUGCAGGCCAAAAGUUUUUCCAACGGCAGGAGGAGAGAUGAACACCCUCCAGCGAAGCGUUGGCGAAAUAGUUGAACUUAACUGCGAUGUUAUCUCACGAAACGCAUCCGAUUCGUUAUACUGGACAAAAAAGGGCGAAGUCAUCGCGUUCAAUUUGGUAAUGGAAGAGAACCAAUCACAACAAGGAAAAUAUUCAGUGUCACUGACGGAUGAUAUUUAUAGGCUGCGGUUUAAAGUUGAUGCCAAUGAUGUAGGAGUGUUUACCUGUAGUUGUGGAUCUAGUAGUCUGAACCUGACGUUGUUUGCAGCGGUUCCCAUCAUCGACAUCAACAUCAUUGCAUCCUGUAGCAACAGGACCGCAGAUAAUUACAAGAGGGUUAUAAGUCGCCCAGCGUCGUCCAAUGAAAUUACGUGUCACGUACACGAUAUUGUUAAUAUUUCGGUGACGGUUGAUGGCGGAUGCACCUACCCCGGCCCAACAAGGAGAUUAAAGUGGCACUGGACUGAAGAAUGGCAGGCCAACCAUACUACGCCCAUCACCUCCAAUCCAAAGCCUUGCUUCUCCGAGGCUGGCAUAGACUACAGAUACUCCAAUGUCUCCUCGUUGUACAGAAUAGGACAGCAGUGUCGGUCGGCGGGCAAUUUUACUCUUUAUUUAGAUGAUACAGCAGCCGAUACAAAGCUCGUGACAGUAAACUGCAUUCAAUGCGAAUCAGAGCAGUUUCACCCUUCAGCCAUCGUGAUGAUAGUGGCAGGCGGAAUCAACCUAAUCAGUAUUAUUACCGUAAUCGCCGUGAUAGCCAGACUGGUUAGGAGGGGCAAGGAGAUGAGAAACACCAAAGGUCGAUGUGAACUAGUCGCAAUAACUAUGGUGGUGGUAAUUCAAAUCGUGGUCCUGAUAUUGCUGGUCACCAUUCCAACCCUACAGUCCUUUCAUUUUCUACCGCCUACGCCACGGAAAGGAUGCCUACCUGUCGGCGUGGAGUUCUGGAUCAUCGCGAUAGUCAUCGUCUUCGCGCUCAUCGGAGUGUUCAUCAUCGUUGGGGCUCUCGGCAGCCGGAAGAUUGCUCUGGGACUGCAGGAUCCACUCGGUCGCUAUCGUCACCACAGGCCACCACAGAGCCACCGACAACCACGACCCAGGGCAUUGUCAUCGUCAUCAACGGGAAGCGGGAUUCCAACUGUUGGCGGUAAUAUUGCGACGACUGAGUUAGGGAUGCGGGUGACCCAGUUGGGCAGAGGGCCCGGGGCUGGUCUCGCGGCUUUGGGGCAGAGAACAUCUGCAGGACAACUCACCCCCGACUUUGUCCACCUGAAUCCGGCUGGUUUUAUACCAGAGAGGGAGACUUGUGGCAUGGCCGAUGAAGAAAAUGACACAGCUGAUGAAGACCAGGGCGGCAUUCCUGCGCCGCCGCCCGAGAACCAUGACCCAAUGCCGGGCAAGACAUGCAUCGUGUGUAAUGAUCAGCCAGUACAAGUUUGCUUCUCGGCCUGCGGGCACACCAACACCUGUUACCAUUGUUCACUACAGUUGGCUCUGGAUCAACCAUUCUGCCCUGUUUGCCGGAAGCGCGUCAGGAGGUUUUCGGUCGUUUACACGUGAUAUGAUUGUGACUUUGUCCGAGAGCUGCCCAUUCGUAUUAUUGUGACUGGUAAUAAGUUGUCCUCAUGUCAUAUGAUUGUGACUAUGUCCGAGCUGUCCACUCGUAUUAUUGUGACUAGCAAUAAGUUGUCUUCGUGUCAUAUGAUUGUGACUAUGUCCGAGCUGUCCAUUCGUAUAAUUGUUGUUAAUAUCAACUUGUCUUCACGUCAUGUGAUUGUGACUUUGUCCGAGCUGUCCUCCCGUAUGAGUGUCAAGCCAACGAAGGCAAGGAAAAGACAAUAUUUGUAAAUACUAAUGUUGUACAGAAUAUAUAUAAAACUCAAUUAUUGAGUGAAAUAUAACAAAUAAAAAUAGCUGAUAGUCUAU